AUGGUCCAACUCCUCUCCAACUUCACUCUCGCUCUCACGGGUCUCUGGCAGCAAGCGGGAAACUGGAUGGUCAACUCCGCCCAGACACGACUCGACUCGAUUCAGCAGAGGUGAGUCACAGCAAGGCAUCCGACGCGCCACGUGAGAUUGGGGUUCCGAUACUGAUUCUUCGUGCAGCUUUGGUACCAAUCCGACUACCGUCGCCAUGGCCUUCUCCCUCCCACCUCUGGGUUAUAGCUACGACGCCCUGGAACCGCACUUCGACAAGGAAACAAUGGAGAUCCACCACUCCAAGCAUCACCAGACCUACGUCAACAACCUGAACAACCUCCUCAAAGACCACGAAUUCGCCGCCCUGGACGUCAACGACCUCGUCACCAAACUCGACCAGGUCCCGGCGGAGAAGCAGACGGGCGUGCGCAACAACGCCGGCGGGCACUCCAACCAUAGCUUCUUCUGGAAGAACCUGAAACCGGGCACCACGCUGGACGGCGAGCUGGAACAGGCCAUCCAGACGACCUUUGGCAGCGUCGAUGAGUUCAAAGCGCAGUUCGAGAAGGCCGCCACGACCGUUUUCGGCUCCGGCUGGGCGUGGCUCGUGCACCAGAAUGGGACUCUGAAGAUUGUCACCACCGCCAAUCAGGACAGCCCUCUGAUGGGUGAGGGUGUUGCGGGAACGGGAGGCUUUCCGGUUAUCGGCUUGGACGUGUGGGAGCACGCGUACUAUCUCAAAUACCAGAAUCGCAGGCCGGAUUACAUCAAGGCGUUCUGGAGUGUGGUGAAUUGGGAUUUUGCCAAGGAGAGGUUUGCCGAGAGGAAGUAG